UCGGCGUUGGGAACAGAAGUUCAAGAGGCCGCGCUGCUCCUUCUCCCGCAUUCACUGGGGAGUCUUGCUCUGCAAGUGCAGUUGCAGGCGGUUCGGGAGCGCAGCCCCAGACCUGCCGCCCGCCGCUUCUGUGCCUCUGCAUCUGCCACCGUGGGUCCCAAGUUCCAGUGACUUCUGUCCCACCCUCUCCGCUCUGCUCCCCGUGUGUCCUGAAGAAAGGGGACCUGCUCCCGAGAUUUUCCACGGCAAAGUUAACAUGUUGACUGGAAGUGUAAUGUUACAGGUGAUGAUAGCAUUUGAAGACCUGGCUGUGUACUUUACCUGGGAGGAAUGGCAGAACAUGAACAAUGCUCAGAAAACCCUGUACAGAGAUGUGAUGCUGGAGACCUACAGCAGCCUCUUCUCCUUGGGGCACUGCAUUACCAAACCUGACUUAAUCUUCAAGUUGGAGCAAGGAGAAGAGCCAUGGAUGGUGGACAAAUGCUUGAAUCAGAGCCUUUCAGUGGUCAUGAAAAUGGAUGACCUGAUUAAGAUCAACCUGGAAAGUCAGGACAAAAAUCUGAAUCAGGAUUUUAUGAAAAAUAACAAGACAUCAGCUCACAAGAGAGUUGAAUUAAGAAAAACCCUUAGUUUAAAUUCAAGCCAUAUUCCAACAAUGAUUAUUAAAAAGGGAAUCUAUUCAGGAUUGAAGCCUGAGGAAUGCAAUAAAUGUCACACUGUGUAUCCCCACAGUGGGCCUGAUCAACUACAGGCUGGAGAGAAAUUUGAUAACACUAAGAUACCUGGAAAAUCUCUCCAGUUCUGUGAGCCUCUUAGUCAGUAUGACAAUAUUCACAUCAUGAAGCAGCCAUUUGGACCCACUGGACAAGCAAAAGUCUUCACAAGAAAGAUGUUCUGUAAAUCUGAGAGGGUUCAUAUGGCAGAAAACUGUAAUAAAUCAACUGUCACUUUUGGAAAAGCAACUCAAAUAGAAAAAGCUAUCCAUGAAAAUUCUAGCCUCAAUAUGCAUCAACAAACUCACACAAGAAAGAAAUUUUAUAAGUAUAUUAAGUAUGUUGAACCUGUCAUUCACCAGUCACAUCUUGCAAUAAAUCACAGACUAAAUACAAGGGAAAAACUUUACACAUGUAACCCUUGUGGAAAAUCACUCAGUAUUAAUUCACCUUAUGAAUGUAAUGACUGUGGAAAAGACUUUGGACAAAAAUCAGUCCUCAGGAAAUGUCAACAAAUUCACACAGGAGAGAAAUCACAUGAAUGUAGUGAUUGUGGAAAAGCCUUUACACAAAAGUCAUACCUCAUAAACCAUCAGCAAAUUCACACAGGGGAGAAACUUUAUAAAUGCCUUCAUUGUGGAAGAGGCUUUCUGUGGAAGUCAGCCCUCAUCAGACACCAGCGAAUUCACACAGGGGAGAAACCUCAUGAAUGUAAUGACUGUGGAAAAGCCUUUGGACAAAAGUCAGGCCUCAUCAUACACCAGCGAAUUCACACAGGGGAGAAACCUCAUCAAUGUAAUGACUGUGGAAAAGCCUUUGGAUGCAAGUCACACCUCAUCAUACACCAGCGAAUUCACACAGGGGAGAAACCUCAUGAAUGUAAUGACUGUGGAAAAGCCUUUGGACAAAAGUCAGACCUCAUCAUACACCAGCGAAUUCACACAGGGGAGAAACCUCAUGAAUGUAAUGACUGUGGAAAAGCCUUUGGAUGCAAGUCAGACCUCAUGAAACAUCAGCGAAUUCACACAGGGGAGAAACCUCAUAAAUGUAAUGACUGUGGAAAAGCCUUUGGACGAAAGUCAUGCCUCAUAUUACACCAGAGAAUUCACACAGGGCAGAAACCUCAUGAAUGUAAUGACUGUGGAAAAGCCUUUGGAUGCAAGUCACAACUCAUCAUACACCAGCGAAUUCACACAGGGGAGAAACCUCAUGAAUGUAAUGACUGUGGAAAAGCCUUUGGAUUCAAGUCACAACUCAUCAUACACCAGCGAAUUCACACAGGGGAGAAACCUCAUGAAUGUAAUGACUGUGGAAAAGCAUUUGGACAGAAGUCACACCUCACCAUACACCAGCGAAUUCACACAGGGGAGAAACCUCAUGAAUGUAAUGACUGUGGAAAAGCCUUUGGAUGCAAGUCAGACCUCAUGAAACAUCAGCGAAUUCACACAGGGGAGAAAUCUCAUAAAUGUAAUGACUGUGGAAAAGCAUUUGGACAAAAGUCAGACCUCAUCAUACACCAGAGAAUUCACACAGGGGAGAAACCUCAUCAAUGUAAUGACUGUGGAAAAGCCUUUGGACACAAGUCAUACUUCAUGAAACAUCAGCGAAUUCACACAGGGGAGAAACCUCAUGAAUGUAAUGACUGUGGAAAAGCCUUUGGAUGCAAGUCACACCUCAUCAUACACCAGCGAAUUCACACAGGACAGAAACCUCAUAAAUGUAAUGACUGUGGAAAAGCCUUUGGACAAAAGUCAGGCCUCAUCAUACACCAGCGAAUUCACACAGGGGAGAAACCUCAUGAAUGUAAUGACUGUGGAAAAGCCUUUGGAUGCAAGUCAGACCUCAUGAAACAUCAGCGAAUUCACACAGGGGAGAAACCUCAUAAAUGUAAUGACUGUGGAAAAGCCUUUGGACGAAAGUCACACCUCAUAAACCAUCAGCGAAUUCACACAGGGGAGAAACCUCAUAAAUGUGAUGACUGUGGAAAAGCCUUUGGACGCAAGUCACACCUCAUGAAACAUCAGCGAAUUCACACAGGGGAGAAACCUCAUGAAUGUGAUGACUGUGGAAAAGCCUUUGGAUACAAGUCAGACCUCAUGAAACAUCAGCAAAUUCACACAGGGGAGAAACCUCAUAAAUGUAAUGACUGUGGAAAAGCCUUUGGACAAAUGUCAGACCUCAUCAUACACCAGAGAAUUCACACAGGGCAGAAACCUCAUGAAUGUAAUGACUGUGGAAAAGCCUUUGGACAAAAGUCAGGCCUCAUCAUACACCAGCGAAUUCACACAGGGGAGAAACCUCAUGAAUGUAAUGACUGUGGAAAAGCCUUUGGACGCAAGUCAGACCUCACCAUACACCAGAGAAUUCACACAGGGCAGAAACCUCAUCAAUGUAAUGACUGUGGAAAAGCCUUUGGCCACAAGUCAAACCUCAUCAGACACCAGCAAAUUCACACAGGACAGAAACCUCAUAAAUGUAAUGACUGUGGAAAAGCAUUUGGACAAAAGUCAGACCUCAUCAUACACCAGAGAAUUCACACAGGGGAGAAACCUCAUCAAUGUAAUGACUGUGGAAAAGCCUUUGGAUGCAAGUCACACCUCAUGAAACAUCAGCGAAUUCACACAGGGGAGAAACCUCAUGAAUGUAAUGACUGUGGAAAAGCUUUUGGACGAAAGUCAGGCCUCAUCGUACACCAGCAAAUUCACAAAAGGGAGAAACCUCAUGAAUGUAAUGGCGAUGGAAAGGCCUUUGUAUGAAAGUCACACCUCAUAUCACACUGGAGAAUUCACACAGGGGAGAAAACCCAUGAAAGUAAUGACCAAGGGAAAGCCUCUGGAUAAAAGUCAAUCCUUUAGAAACAUCAGAGAAUUCACACAGGGAGGAAACCUCAUGAAUGUAAUGACUUUGGAAAAGCCUUUUGACAAAAGACAAAACUCAUAUCACAGCAGAGAAUUCACACAGGGUAGAAAACUCAUGAUUGUAAUAACUGUGGAAAGCAUUUAGCCAUAAGUCAACCUUCAUCAUGCAUCAGGGAAUUCACACAGGGCAGAAACCUUAUGAAUAUAAUGACUGGAAAAGCCUUUGGACAAAAGUCAAACCUCAUAAUGCACCAGAGAAUGCACACAGUGUUGAAACUUCAUGAAUGUAAUGACUGGAAAAACUUGAUUUUAACUUCCAACUCCAAAUGCAUCAGAGGAUUCACACAGGGAAAUAACCUUAUAAAUGUAAUGACUGCAUAAAAGCCUUUUUCUAUAAGUUAUAUCAAAACAGAAUUCACACAGGGGAGAAACCGUAUCAAUCUAAUGAGUGUGGAAAAGCCUUUAUAAAUCAUAUGUUGUAAAUCAUAGCUCAUAUCACACCAGAGAAUUCACAUCGGAGAGAAACUUCAUGAAUGCAAUGACUGUAGAAAAGCCCUUGGCAAUAAGUCACAUCUCAGAAUGCAUUAGAAAAUUCACAUGAAAAGAAACCUUUUGGACAUAAUGACUUGGAAAGCUUUUUCCCAUAGUUCAGCCCUCAUUGCACAUCAUCUAAUUCAUAUGUGGGAAAACACUUUGUAUAUAAUGCAUAUGGAAAAGCCUUUAUCCAUAAGUAACACCCCAUAAAACAUCAGAAUUCACAUGGGGGAGAAACCAUAUGAAUGGAAUGAGUGUUGGAAAACUAUGCCAAUAUCACACAAUAUAACAUCGAGAAUUUAUUACAUGGUGGAAAUCUUGUAAUAAAUGUGGGAAAGCCUUUUGUCAGAAGGAAUACCUCAUAACACAUGUAGUUCAAACAAGGGAUAGAACUUAAGAAUAUAAUGUAUGUGAAGGACUUUUUCCAAAAUCAACAUAACCAUGUGACAGAGCCAUUUGCUGGAAAUUACAUCCCAUACAAUAGGUACUCCCAUAAGGAAGAAAGGUUGGGACCAGCGCUGUGGCACAGCAGAGUUAGGCAGUGAGAGAGAGAGACAGAGAGAAAGGUCUUCCUUCCAUUGGUUCAUCUCCCAAAUGGCCACUAUGGCUGGUGGGCUGCAGCCAGCGCACUGCGAUGAUCCAAAGCCAGGAGCCAGGUGCUUCCUCCUGUUCUCCCUUGUGGAGAUCACUCUGCAGCCUGUGUGGAUAGCAGCCUGAAAUGCCAAACCCUGGACCCAGUCUCUGAAAGCUCACCCUCUGACAAGCCAACUUCAGCGCCUUUCCCUGAACAAGCCAUUCACAGAAAGAUCCUCUUCAGAUCAGCUACAGCUUAAAUGGAAGGGACCUUACCAGGUGCUACUGAACAUGACUACCUCAGUAAAAUUAGGAUUAAAUGUCUACCUCUCAAGUCCUAACAGGUGUACUCAAAAGACAUGCCUGAUUAUUCCUGUAAGCCAGAGAUCUUAAGCAAAAAGAAAAGUAAAGCCUUUGCUUUCCUCACAUCAAGAGUGCUGCACCUGAAGGCAGGCAUGGUGUACCUGCCUCUUUUGAUUCUCUGUUAUUAAUAAUAAAACUCCUAAUGUGUUCUUCUA